AUGGGCUCCACUGCUGUUGAAUUCAAGAACCCCGCUACCUCCACUCUCCUGGAGGUGGUCAAGGCUCGCCGCACUUACUACGGUCUGAAGGCGGAAAGCCCUAUCUCUGACGAUGCCAUUGAGAGCAUUGUUCAGGACUCGGUUCUCCACGUCCCCAGCUCUUUCAACACCCAGACUUCCCGCGUGGUUCUCCUCCUGAAGGAAGAGCAUCAGAAGGUUUGGGAUAUCGCCAUUGGUGCGAUGGAGGGCCUAGUGGCCGCCGGAGCUGUGCCAAAGGAGAUGUUUGAGAACCACACCAAGCCCAAGUUGGAGGCCUUCCGGGCUGCUUAUGGAACUGUUCUUUUCUUCGUUGACUACGAGUCCCUUGCUCCCAUCAAGGAGAAGUUCGCUAUCUAUGCCGACAAGUUCGAUCCCUUUGCGCUGGAAUCUAACGCCAUGUCCCAGUACCUUGUCUGGCUCGCUCUUGAGGCGGAGGGUUUCGGUGCCAACCUCCAGCACUACAGCCCCCUGAUUGACGACCAGGUUACCAAGACCUGGAACCUGCCUGCUUCUUGGAAGUUGGACGCCCAGCUGGUCUUCGGUGUCCCUACUUCUGGGGCUGGCGAGAAGACUUUCGCGCCCAUCGAGGACCGCUUCAAGGUUUUCGGCAAAUAA